CCAGGAAGUGACGUUGCCUGGUUACUAGGCACCAUGUCCCGCUGACAGCAGCCAGCUGAAGCACGCUAACGAAGAUUUGUUUUUAAUGCGGUUUUGCGUUUAAUUCGUUUGUCUCCUAAUCUCUAACGAGGUUAAUGCAACUGUAACACGAACCCCUUUUUACCGGGCGACCCUUUACCAGGUUCAGUUUGUUGGGGAGGACUGCCAUGUUGAGCCCCGGUGAACUAGAAGGUGAAGUGGACCAUUCGUUUUUCGACAGUGAUGGUGAAGAUACUAGUGCCAGCAAAGAUGGAGGGGAAAAGUUGGAGAAAGGCGGGAAGGCUGAAAAGGAGGGCCCACCAGCACACGAGAGGCUACAACCAAACCCAAUUGAAAAUACAAAAGUCAGUGGGUCCCAAAAGACUGAUGGGACCAGAAAACAUCUGGAGAUAGACGACAACAACACUAGCAGCAGAGAUGAGAGAAAAGAAAACAGCUCUCAUUUAAAGGGAGAAGAUAAAAGCAUGGAAUCCAGGAUAUCAUUGGAUAAAGUACUCAAUGGCAGUAAGUCCUCAAAAAGGCGUACAUCCCCUACUUUCAGUGAAAGUAGUGCAGGUGCAGACUCAGAGAGCUCCUCUAGAAGUAGCAGUAGGAGAAGCAGUCCAGAUUCACACACCCUUCCCAGGCCCAACAAAACACCUGCAGUAGGUAAGACCAGAGGGGGCUCAGCAGGAUCUCAGGGUGGCCGUACAGAGGGUACAGUGACAAAUGUUAGCCGCCUCUCCUCUCCUGACACCAGCCCUCUCCAGUCGCUGGACCUGAAUCACACAGAGGGAUGCCUUAAAGAGCAGCGGCAGGAGGAGAGGGUGCCCUCCAGUGGCCUAAGCGACAUGCACCAGGAUGUGGACGAGUGCUCCCUCAGGACAGACAGCCAUCUUGAAGGUGAACUGGUCUUCCGCCAUCCUGGACGGAGAAUCAGGAAGAACUACUCAUUCAGCAAUGAUGAGGCUCAACGCAUAGAACGGGAGAACCAUCGUCUUCUUCGGGAGAUCUCGCGCCAUUCUCCAGCACCAAGACCAGGAAGCAGCGCGAGGAAGAAAAUCCAUCCGGCCAGCAAGUCGCCGUUUAUCCGACUCUCUCACAGCGCACUGAACAGGCAGCGGGAACAGCAGCGCAUCGAGAGGGACAACCUGGCUCUCCUGAAGAGGCUGCAGAUCGCCAAGCCGACGCCUGGCCUGAAACGCUCAGAACAACUGCAGGACUUCCAGCGACAAGCCGCAUACUUCGGAGCUUCAUCAUACCCAAUGUCCACCAACAAGAAAAAGAAGUCUCCCAGCAAGACGCCCUCAGCAGCAGGACCCAGGCCGGGCAGUUCAGCCCCCCACAGCUCCAGUGCAGCUUCCCCCUCACCUGACCCUGGUGAUACACCCGUACCCCGGACAAAGAGAACGAGUGCAGCCAAACCAGAACACAGCCAUGAUGAAAAAUAAACUUGUUUUCCAGUGAGUGAUGAUGCCAUUUCAUCUGUAUUUCUUCCUUUCCCACUUUUGUUCAUAUUUGUACAGUUUAUGAUGCACAUAAGAAUAAUUAAAUAUUUAUUUGAAAUAUUA